AUUCCAGAGAGAGUAUAUAAAUCCAGCAGUGUGCACAAGAAACGAGCACCAGUUAUUGACAUUCCUUUGUAAAAAAAAGAAGAAGAAGAAGCUGAGAUCAAGAAAUAUAGUGAAAUAUGGGUCCAAGAUUUUCUGGGUUUUUAAUCUCAGCAAUGGUGUUUUUAACUCAACUCCUCUCUCUAACAGAUGGCCGUGAUAUUGGUGUUUGCUAUGGUUUGAACGGCAACAAUCUUCCAUCUCCAGGAGAUGUUAUUAAUCUUUACAAAACUAGUGGCAUAAACAAUAUCAGGCUCUACCAGCCUUACCCUGAAGUGCUCGAAGCAGCAAGGGGAUCGGGAAUAUCCCUCUCGAUGGGUCCGAGAAACGAGGACAUACAAAGCCUCGCAAAAGAUCAAAGUGCAGCCGAUGCAUGGGUUAACACCAACAUCGUCCCUUAUAAGGACGAUGUUCAGUUCAAAUUGAUCACUAUUGGGAAUGAAGCCAUUUCAGGACAAUCAAGCUCUUACAUUCCUGAUGCCAUGAACAACAUAAUGAACUCGCUCGCCUCAUUUGGGUUAGGCACAACGAAGGUUACGACCGUGGUCCCGAUGAAUGCCCUAAGUACCUCGUACCCUCCUUCAGACGGCGCUUUUGGAAGCGAUAUAACAUCGAUCAUGACUAGUAUCAUGGCCAUUCUGGCUGUACAGGAUUCGCCCCUCCUGAUCAAUGUGUACCCUUAUUUUGCCUAUGCCUCAGACCCCACUCAUAUUUCCCUCGAUUACGCCUUGUUCACCUCGACCGCACCGGUGGUGGUCGACCAAGGCUUGGAAUACUACAACCUCUUUGACGGCAUGGUCGAUGCUUUCAAUGCCGCCCUAGAUAAGAUCGGCUUCGGCCAAAUUACUCUCAUUGUAGCCGAAACUGGAUGGCCGACCGCCGGUAACGAGCCUUACACGAGUGUCGCGAACGCUCAAACUUAUAACAAGAACUUGUUAAAUCAUGUGACGCAGAAGGGGACUCCGAAAAGACCUGAAUAUAUAAUGCCGACGUUUUUCUUCGAGAUGUUCAACGAGGAUUUGAAGCAACCCACAGUUGAGCAGAAUUUCGGAUUCUUCUUCCCCAAUAUGAACCCUGUUUAUCCAUUUUGGUGAACUUGAAAUGUUGUUGGCUAUUUAAAUCUUUUGCCAGAGACGCUUCAUAUAGUUUCUGCAUAUUUUGAAAGUGGAAAAUCAAUCUAAAUAUAAAUAAGUUUUA